AUGAGCGCUGCUAUCAGGAUCGAUAUCACUUGCUGCUUUGCAUCCUGGGUUGACGAGAAGGUCCCCACUGAGAGUGGCCAUGGGGGGGAGAAACAAAAAAAACCUGCCAUGAGUCUGCAUAGGCACUGUGAGGUAUGCUUCAAGGCACACUGCAAGGUCCCAGUAGAGAUUUCCGUCUCCUGUGUCACAAUUUGCUGCCGGUUGUUGUGUGGUGCCGUCUUCCAUCAAUGCAAGGAGAGCGAGCACCAGUUCCUCUGCCCCAACGAGACAGUACCUUGCCUCAAUGUCAACUAUGGCUGCCCCCUUGUCCUACCUCGUCACCUUUUGGCCCAGCAUUUGGAGUCUUGCCCAGCCAGCAUUGUCAUUUGUUCUUUGGAGUGGAACCGCUGGCCUGCAGGAGAGGCUGAUACUGCCUUUUACAAAAACGUGGUUCAGAGCCAGAGCUCCAGGAACAACCUGGACCUCUCCAUGGCACUCAGAGACCAGAGGCUGCUGUUUCAGUCAUUAAAAAUGGAUUCUCUUUUUCCUGAGCUGGUGAAGAAGGCUAAGAAGCCUCCUCCUUGCGGCUCUCAGGGUAUUACUGGGACACUUGGGGACCCAGUGGAGGGAAAUUUCUUGCUUAGACAGGAACCAAAGGAUUUUGCUCUUGCUUCUGCAGAAAUGGUGGAGCUAACACAAGAGGAGCGUGAGGCCAUUGCUAAGAGCAAGGAGGUCACUGGAAUCAGUAGUUAUACAGCAUGGGAGAGCAUAUUCAACAAAGAGCUUCAAGGAUGCAAACAGUCUUCCAACAACCAAGGACUCAAUCAGGAAGGAAGUGAGGGAAAAAUGGGAAAGAUGGCAUUGCAUUGCCAACCAGUGACCGAGGAAAGAAAUAUAGACGACCAGGCUGCUGAAGACUCAGGCUCUCUUAAUGUCAUCAAAACAGGUCUGGCCCCCUGGCAAGAUGGGGUUCUGGAGCGACUCGGAAAAGAGGUCAACAUUGCAGAGUAUAACAUGUACCUAGUUCACCAUGGGAGCAUGCUUAUCCGUUUCGGCCAGCUUGCUGCUUGCACCCCCAAAGAAAGGGACUUUGUUUAUGGCAGCUUGGAGCCAAUAGAGGUGCAGAGCCUCCACACAUUCAGUGUCCCUACCAGUUACAAGGCGAAGCGCAGUCACCUCAGGGAUCCUUCCACACGAGUGAAGACUGUAAGCAAAGCGGUGGACACCUCUGACCUUGGCAUAACAGUAGAAGAGCUACCCAAGUGGGAUGAGGUCCAGGCCACACUGCUGUGCUCCUUGGAAAAGGAACUCAAAGGACACCCCAUCUGUGAGACAGUGGCAACUGAUGGCCUUUUCGUGGACCUUGGGACCCAGACCUAUGACUUCUCGUCAGCUCCAUUUGAAGCGGGUACAACCCUGGCAGAGGUCACCGCCAACCGGCAGCUGGAGCUGCAUGUUCAGAUUCAGGCAGAGUCUGUGACUCAAAGGUACAACAAGAGCAAUUCCACCUUCACGUUCCUCUGUGGCCAUACCCUGAGGCGGGAUGAGUUUGCUAAGCACUUCAGGAAUGCUCACUCAGAUGUGCAAUCUGGCCUUAAUGGUUGGUUUGAGCAACGUUGCCCCCUGGCAUAUCUUGGCUGCAACUACAGUCAGAAGAGGUUCCAGCCCUCGACGCACAAAGCUACCGUUACUUACGAUGAGGAUUUAGGUGCUUUUGCCAUCAGGCCAGAGGUCCCUUCUAAUCUCUUGGAGGGCGUGAAAAUCAUUUCCCCCGAAAGCAAACAUGUGCAGAGUUUAGACCCUCUGAGCAGGUUACCCUUCGAAGUGCUGCAACAUAUAGCUGGCUUCCUGGAUAGCUUCACCUUGUUCCGGUUGUCACAAGUGUCCCGGCUGAUGAGAGAUGUUUGUGGCUCUCUGCUGAGGGAGAGGGGUAUGGUUUCCCUCAAAUGGGAGAAAAAGAUUUCCUCCCAUGGGGAAUGGACUUGGGAGUCACGAAGAAAGGUGUGGCAGUUCAGCACCCUGUCCUCAGCUGUGGACCAGUGGAGUUUUACCAACAUGCCCACCAUGGCAGAACACCUUAAGACCUGCCCCUUCUAUGAGAAGCAGGAGAGGAGCAAGCCGGUGGCCCUGCCAAGCAUGCAUGAUGACACUGAGGAUGGUGUGGAGCGGCAGUGCCUGGUCACUAUGUUUGUUGGCCACAACUAA